UCCGAAUGCUGACCAGGACUUGUGACCGUCCGACCGCUACGGCCCGCGUUAUCACACUUGCUCCCUGUGCGUACAACAAGCCAUAUAUAUAGGCUAGACUUGCCAAGCGACGGAGUCCGUCCUUUCCGUCCGUCGAGAUUGUCUACUCUCGCCGCCUUCGUAGGUUACGCUUCACCAUACGAUGGCCCGCGUUCACCUGCAAGACGAGCUCAUCAAGAGCGCUGACCGUAUCACAGUGCAGACGCAGUUUGGUCCUAUCAAAGGAGGACGAGCAGCGAAUGGGGCGGCUGUCUUCUUGGAGGUACCCUACGCGCUGCCUCCUGGUAGGUUUGAAGAUCCAAAGCCUCUGCCUCCCGGGUUUCAGUACGAAGACAAGGAGUAUGUCUAUGAGAGCAAGUAUUGCGCACAACCCACGAACGAUGGCCAGGGCGCCGGUAUACCGCGUGAGGACAGGCUCGGGCUAGGGAAGCCCAGUGAGGAUCCACUAUACGUCAACAUUGUCUCCCCGCCAAACUUCACACCGAACUCCAAGUACGCGGUCAAAGUUUAUAUUCACGGAGGGUUUCUGCAGUUCGGCUCUCCACACGGGUUGAGUGCACAAGCGCCCUACGUCGCCGUCGAGAGGUCAGAAGUUUGGGUGAACAUAGGUUACCGACUAUCGGUGUUCGGCUUCCUUGCGUGUGACAACCCGAGAGUUGAGGGCAACUUCGGGUUCAAGGACCAGUGGCUUGCGCUGCUAUGGAUCAGAGACAACAUCGCGAAGUUCGGCGGUGACCCUACGAACAUACAGGUGACAGGGCUUUCCGCGGGAGCCCACUCAGUCCACCAGAUACUGCACCAUGCCUCUCGUCUUCCGGAUGGCGAACAGGCCCCAUUCCAAUCGGCUAUGUUGCAAUCCAACGCCAUCCUAACAAUUCCCAAAACACCAACGGAUCUCCGCCCCCAAUUUGAGGCCCUGUGUCGCGUUCUGGGGCUGGACCCUUCCUCGUCGAACGUCCUCACCCAGCUCCGAGACACCUCCACCAUUCCCUGGGACAAGCUCACGCAUGUCAUCGAGACAGACGCGAUUGGGACCGAGUUCGGGUCCUUUCGCGGCGCGCUCGACGGCACCUGGCUCGCCACGACGCCCGAUCCGAUGGCAUGGCAGCGCUCAGGCGGGUUCGCGCGCGCGCUCCGCGGGAAGGGCGUGCGUAGCAUCGUCGUUGGCGACCUCACCGAGGAGUGGUACCUCUACAGCAUCGCCCACCCUGUGAACGCAGCGGAGGAUGUGGUGCACAAUGUGCGACGGUACUACCCACACGACGUCGUGGACAAGAUGCUCGCGUGCUACCCGGCUCCCCCCGAGGAUGCGGACCAGAAACAGCUCGAGCGCUAUAUGGGAGACAUCCUUGCAGACGGGCAGGUGCAUUUCCCUGUGAGGCUGUUUGCGAGGGACUUGUUGAAUGCUGGGUUCCCGGUGCUCCGGUACGAGAUCAGGUGGACGCCGGAGCAGUACCGGCCGUACGGCUAUGUGACCCAUGGUACCGAUCGGCUGCUGUGGACCCUACGUCUACCUGCGCUGGAGCCGGUCCAGAUCGUCGCUGCGAGGACAUGGCUCGACAUCAUCGACGCGGAGACCAAGUCACUCGAAGCUGGCAUGAACGUAAAUGCAAGGGACCCGAAGAAAGUGCUUGCUUUGAAGGAGGACAAGACUGUUGCUUGGAAGGACGACGACAGGUGGGACCAUCUCAUGCGCCUCCGAACGGCACUUCCAGGGGAGAACGACACUGCUGUUGGCCGGCUGUAACUACUGAAUGUUCCUCUCUGGAAAUAGGUUGGCCCUUUCGAAGGUAUACAAUGCAUGAGCACGAUGCUUCCUUAUGCGAAGUGGUUCACAUUUGGUAUGCGGUAUACUCAAGCUCGAAACUGACGGCGACGGGACACCUCAGCGAUCAACGCUGAAUGCGUCUCCCACAUAAAUCGUUUCGGGUCUCAAAGCGAAUGCUGCCGUGAGUCUUCG